CUGGAAAUGAAUAUCUAUCAAAAGCGGAGUUUUGCGGGCAGAACAAAAGUCUCUGCGGAAGACCCAGAAUACUUUUCCCUGGGGGACUCUUGAAGAAAUCCCGGUGAAAUCAUGGACGCUGAUGAUGACUUGGAUAUGUUGGCCUCCCUCCUGGAAGAAAGUGAAGCAACUGAGGAGAGGAAUUCUCCUGAGGAGGAAGAUGUCCCAGAGGAUGAGGGGGGAGAGCCAGAUGAAUACAAUGAGCUGUUUGAUGCAGAAGAUGAUGCAUCCUACACCGAGGAGGUCAGUGCUGAGGACAGCAUGAUUGAUGAGCAGAAGGAGAACCUGGCUGCACUGUUUGGAGAUGUAGAUGACCUGCUGGAAGAGGAGGAGGCAGAGGAAGCUGCCCCCAGUUCAGCUCCCAGUCAGGCAAAGGAGAAAACCAACGAAGAACUGCAAGCUGAGCUGAGAAAAUUGCAAGAACAGAUGAAGACGUUACAGGAGCAGUUGCAGAAGACUGCAAUUGGGCAACAAUCCAGUUCAGGCCCUGAGAAGAAAACCCCUGGUAAAUCUCCCUGUCUACCCUUAAAGGAAAGGAAAGUUCAGAAGGUGCAGGAAUCACCAUGUUUCUCGGCCCAGCUGGGCAAUCCUUUGCCACCAGCCAAGCGAGGACUCCAGAAAUCAAAAGUAUCCUCAGCAGAGAACAAGAGUCCUCCUCCACGGCAAGUCCUCAGUCUGGCGUUCCAGCCUCUCCAGUCUGCCACAGGGAACACACCCAGUAAGGUGGUCAGAGAGAAGACUGUGCCUACAUGCUCCACUGCAACAACUCAGCCAGUGUCUGUGGAAACCUUCUCAGGACUGAGAUUAAGAAAACCCCGGGUGUCUUCAGCUGAAAUGGACAGGAAGAUGGCCAAUAGGAAGCUCAUCCGACUGUCCCAGCUGAAGAGCAAACUUGCUGCAGAAAAUCUGGAGGAAAUAGACUGGGUAACAUUUGGAGUCAUAGUGAAGAAGGUCACUCCUCAGAGUGCAAAUAAUGGCAGAACCUUCAGUAUCUGGCGGCUGAACGACCUGCAGGAUCUCAGUCAGUGUGUCUCGCUCUUCCUCUUCGGUGAAGUCCACAAGGAGCACUGGAAAACAGACCAAGGCACAGUCAUUGGGCUGCUCAAUGCCAACCCUAUGAAACCUAAAGAAGGCUCAGACGAGGUGUGUUUGUCUGUGGAUCAUCCCCAGAAGAUCCUGCUCAUGGGGGAAGCUCUGGACAUGGGCACCUGCAAAGCCAGGAAGAAGAAUGGUGAUCCUUGUGCCCAGAUUGUGAACCUGAAUGACUGUGAAUACUGUCAGUACCACAUACAAACCCAGUACAAGAAGCUCAGCUCGAAGCGGGCGGAUCUGCAGUCCACCUUCUCUGGCGGCCGCAUUCCCAAAAGAGUCGGUCGGAAAAAUCCCACUUUGAAGGAGAGGCUGUGUCAGGAUGGGUUUUACUACGGAGGAGUCUCUUCAGCAGCAUAUGCAGCCUCAGUUGCAGCAGCUGCAGUGCCGAAAAGGAAGAUUCAAACCACUCUUUCCAACCUGGUUGUGAGAGGAGCUGAUGCAAUUGUCCAGGAAACCAAGCAGAAAAUUGGUGUAGCAAAGAGACCCAUGCAAUGUUCUGAGGAAUUCAAGGAACUGCUGGCACAGCCAACUUUUGGAGCACGAAACCUCUGCAAACACUGGACCAAAGCAGAUGCUGAAAAGAAGCAAGGGGCCAAUUUCCAGUCUAUCUCUGCUUCAGCAUUGCUCAAGCAACAGAAACAGAAAUUGCUGGAGGCCAGAAAAAAGCGAUCUGAAGAAAUUCAGAGGCGGUUUCUCCAGAGCACAGGUAAAGCCAGCAGUCCUGCUGUCCCAUCCUCCUCCAGACAGACCUCCCUCCAUUCCCCAGUGGCUGGGGCAGAGUUUCCCAAAGAUGCAAAAAUGUCCACUCCUCAGAGGCCCAGGCUGGGCACUGGCUUCUCGGAAGGAGAAGAUAUCCUCUUCUUUGACAGAUCUCCACCUCCUCCAAGACCAAAGCUGGACAGCUUGGCUGAAGCCAAAAAGCUGGCUGCAAUCCACCGACUGCGAGCAAAAGGACAGAUUCUGGCUAAAACAGACCCAAACAGUGUCAAGAGGAAACGGGCUGAUGCUGAUGGUGUCCUAGAAAUUGUUGAAAGAGUUGAGAAAAAUGUUGCUCAGCCACAAGGUGCAGAAGCAGAGAAUGAUCUGGAUGAGCUGGAGCCUGCCCAAAAGAAACGGCGUGAGCAGCUGGCCUAUCUGGAGUCAGAAGAGUUCCAGAAAAUCCUGAGUGCCAAGUCCAAGUACACAGAUGUCCUGAAAGAGGCUGAGGCUGAAUUGCAGGAGCAAUACUUUCAGCCACUGGUGAAAAAGGAAGAGCUGGAAGAGAAGAUGAGGAACAUCAAAGCAGUGAAAUGUCGAGUUGUGACGUGUAAAACGUGUAAUUACACCUAUUUCAAGCCUCUGGAGACGUGUGUGCAGGAAAAGCACGACUACUGCUGGCAUGAUGCCAUCAAGCGAUUUUUCAAAUGUCCUUGUGGAAGCAGAGCUAUUUCCCUUGACAGGCUCCCAAAAAAGCACUGCAGUACCUGUGGCCUCUACAAGUGGGAGCGAGAUGGGAUGUUAAAGGAGAAAAAAGGUCCGAAGAUUGGUGGAGAAACACUUUUACCAAGAGGAGAGGAACAACCAAAAUUUCUCAAUAGUCUUAAGUGACCUGGAGUUGAUUUUUUUUUUCACAACCUAAGGAUGGAUUUCUGUACCUGAAACACACAUUUAUACUGGACUGCCAAGAGGAUUCAGAUUUUAGGGAUGUAUGAGGGGGGGAAUCAAUUCUUGAUGAAAAGGACAUCUGAAAGAUGUCCACCAGGCCACUGCAUGGAUAUUGAGCUUUGGUCUUUUUUAAAUUGAUUGAAUAAGGCUGCAUGUGAAAUGCACAUUCGUGCCUGUUCUUUCCAACUAACACAACAAGAGUGACCUCACCAGACUUUUAUGUGACGAAUCAUCAUGAACUGGAGGGACAGUAGAUUCUUUAAGCACUUGUGAAAUUAAUACUGUGAUGUGAUGCAAUUAGUACUAAAUGCCAGCCUGUCAGGUUUUUCAGCUCUUGGCCUAAAAGGGGUGUGAGAGGAUUGUAGGCACAGGCCAUUCUCUAUUGGCUUAAAAAUUACUCACUUUGAACCCCUAGGAACAGAAAGAGUUUCCAAGUUUUUCCUUGGCUUACGUGUUACAAAACCCUUCCAUGGCUCUGGCAUUGCAAGCCAGUGGUGUGUACAGUGGAGACUCAGGAGCUCCCUGUCCCACAGUCCAUGUCAUGUUCCCAGCACCAUCCACACUACAGCACUUCUAGGGCUACAGACCUGCAACUCCCACUUCGAAAAGCAUUUUAAUGAAUGUGGGACCACUUUGUGAGUGGUUUUAAACAGCUGAGUGAUUACAUUUAAAAGCUUUUACCCAUUUUCUGGCAUUUUAAAUGGGGGCAGUGGCUGUCGCAGACCAAGCAGGACAAGAUCUCCCUCCAAGGGGUGGCUCCUGAGAAGGGCUGUCUCCAUACAGGUGUUUUUCUGAAAGCACAUCUCUCUAGGGGUGCCUGGGGCGUUUGAUGAGCUUUUCCUGGACCUGAGCCUUCUGCUGUCCCUAGCCCAGGCCCAACAGGAUCACAGGACAUUUUUAACUGCCUAAAACCACUAGAACCUCAGUGAUUUGAUCAAAGUGCCACCAACAGUCCCAGUGGCCUUGUCAGUGCCUCUUGUUUGCUUGCACAGGGGCUGGGAGAGAAAUAAUUUGCUUCAUUUGAAGAGAAAUAAGUUCAUUUGAAGCAACUGGACAGAUUCACCUCAGCAUUGUGCAUCCCUCAUCUCUUACUGGUGCUUUUACUGGGCAGCUUGGCCUAUUGCAUCGGUUUCAGUCUUGUGUCGGUACCAUUUGACAGGUGGGGUGACAUUGGUAGGUGACUAAAUAUGUCACUGUCCCCCGUGGAUUCCUCAUCCAGAAUAAAUAGAGUGCACAAUAAACACUCCCUGGGUCUGUAUGGUGUCAUUGCUCUGAGGAGGAGGAUGAGUUGCUUCAUCAACAUCUUCGUUUGCCCACGAGCUCGGUGCCGAAUCGCCAAGAGGAGCUGGUUUGUGGUCCACGACUCCAGCUGCCACACAGUUUUCUCAGGAGUUUCGAACCUGGAGCCCACAAAACCAUCAAUUCCACAUCAAUAUCAGCCUUUAGUUGGCAAGUUGAAAGCUUCAGACUUUUUCCAGUUCCUGUCCUUUGGGCCAGUGGAAAAGGGAUUCUGCAGAAAUUAAAUUGUCAAAGGUGGGGGUAAUGCUUUAUCUUCAUAAAUGCCCCCAGGACUGGGAUGUGUAGCAAAGGUAUGUGGGAGUGAAAGCAAUACUGAGUUCAUGCUUGUAUGCAAAAACAGGGUGAAGAAACCAAGGCCCAUUGCUUUGCUUAAAACCCAGCAGUAAACAAGGAGUGGGGGAGACUGAUGGGUUGGAUUUUAUGUGCCUCACUAUUUUUUAUACACUUUUCCUGUGCCAGAGAUUACACUGCUAUGCUGAUUCCUGAGCACUUGGCUCUUAACAACGUGGAAGCCAAGACAAGGACUGGAAUCAGGAUGGUCACAGAGUGAGGAGAUGAAGAGAGACUGGCAGAUGGUUUGUCCAAAGCUGUCUCCAAAAUGGGUUUGGCAUUGCCAUAUCUGUGAGCAAAGGCUGUAAUAAAGAGUCAUGAAGUGUCUGCUAGGAUUUAAAAGCAGAAAAAAUAGCCUCAGCUCACAACAAGGAGAUUGAUGUUAAUGUUGGCCAAAACCAUGGUAACUGCGCUGAAAUACGGUGCCAAGGAAGCACCUACCAGCUCCUGGGACUCAUUAACAUUUCCUGAUGAUUUUUGGAGAAUGUAAUGAUUGGAAAACCAAACUCCCCCAGGGCUGGAAGGCUUCAGGAGAGGGUGUCCAGCCCUGCACACCAAAACUACAUCUCAGCAUCCCAGAGCAUUGAACUGAACUACAGCAGGAUGUCCUGGAAUAAAGAAGAGUCAUCUCUGAACAGCUCCCCAGUCCUGCAAACCACAGCCAUGCACCCAUGGGCAGAAUUUCUGAGCCAUAGAAACACAAUGCAAAACAGAACAUGGUUUUGCCCUAAUUUAAUUUUUAUUUCAAAAAUAAAAAUAAAAUCCACGUCUUCAUCAGCUAUACCAAUGACUUCCAUGUGAGCUUUGAUUCGCUGGUUUAUUUUGAAUGGAAAAAGGAUGUCAGAAGCUUUAAAAACAUAACCAUGCAUAGAUUUUUUAUAUUACUAUUAAUUUCAUCUAACUAUAAUAAUUAUGAGUAUAUUAAGAUUAUUAAUAACUUUUCAUUAAUAGAGCAUCAGCCAAAAAGUAUAUCAAGAGAGAGACUAGAAAAAAUAAUCAAGAAGCAAUGCACAAACUCAUCAUAAUUUUUCUUUGAUUACCUAAACUAACUGCAGCAACCUGAUUUUGUAGGUCAGGUGUUCCUAGAAGUCCAUCAGCUGUUAAGCCUCAC